AGAAAUCACUGCCUCAAGUCCCGUUCAUAAAUGAUGGUCUUUCUGUUUGGUAUUUUUUGUCUGUAAACCUCCAGGAUGAGGUUAACUGCUCACUUUGUAUUAACGUUAGGUGUGAAUGUGAAUGUUGUGUUUUCUCUGUAUGGGAACCUGUAAUUGAGUGGAGAACUGUGAUUGGUUACAGACUUCCUGCUAAACCUAAAAAACGAUUAAAGCUUAAAAUUAAUUAAACUAAAUUAUUCAAUCACUGGUAUUUUUAGUUAUUGUAUUUUCCGGACUAUAAAUUGCUCUGGAGUAGCAAACAAUGCAUAAUGAAGAAGAAAAUAAAAACAUAUAUAACUCACACUAGCCAGCUAUAGUGCCCUCUAGUGGCUGUCAGUGUAAAAAGGGAACAAGUCUCACUCCUACGCCACCUGUGUAAAAACAGUCUAAUCCUGUCUGGCCCAUAUUUGUUAUUUGUUAAUCAAAGUUUGUCUGGGCCCAAGACCAGACCAAAAAUGUGUCCAUCUCACCAAAACUCUAUAACAUUUGGUUUUCAGAACAUUUCAUCUAAAUAAAAACCAGGUUUGGAGAUGUGUGGACUGGGUUCAUGAGAGCACCAGCCUAAAGGCUCGUUUGUCUUUUCCCUUCAGUUUCGUUCUCUCCUGGUGACACUGUGGUGUUAUCAGGAAGCUGAGGUCAGUCAAAGGCCUAGUUUUCCCGAAACAUGACCAUCCCAGAAUUUCUCAGCUCAACGCGACACUGAUAAAUACUGUUUUCCCGUCAGGUAGAUUUGUUUCACUGCUAAAUGUUUGCUGAGAGUAAACAGAUAAGAACGUAAAAGACAGAAGUUAAAAUCUGGAAACCAACCUUACACUUCACUGUUUAUUCCCUACAAAUAUAACACUCUGGACUGUCUUUGCAUAUAGACCAUGAUUCACUAAGGUGUAUCAUCAGUGACUUUUGUUUGUGUUUAUGACACAGGUAUAACGUCAUACAUACAUAAAUACAUACAUAAACUAUAAAUUUAUAGUGUGACUAAUCAAAAUUGAUGGAAUUAAUAAUGUGAAAAAAUGUCAAGAAAAAUAACACUACAUGUUGAAAAGCUUUAAAUAAUUCAGAAAUUAAUUAAGAUUGAUGUCAGAAAUUAGCAGUUAAUUAGCAGUUACCACGUUCAUUUUUACAGCCCUGAACCUAUAUCUAAUAUAGAGAUUCUCACUGGUUACAUCUGAACCGUCCUGUGGAAUAAGGAUUGUCACUACUGUAGACAAGCACAAAUAUAUGACUGUAUAUUAACAUAUAACCAAGAACAAAGCACUCAGUGUCAGCGCGUUGACGAGAAAGACUUUUACAAACUCCCCCACACACACGUAGGACUGUAGCUUUGUGGUAAGUGAAGUCAGAGGUCAGACAGCAGGAUGUAGGAAGGGUGGAUGCGAGUAUUUGGAGGUGAGUGUACGAGAGUGACACACAUAUGGGAGGGUCAGUCCUGUUCUGCAGUAUAUAUAAACACGCACAACUGCAGCACACACUGAGGACUGUCGGAAUCGUGCGAAGACGCAACUUUUAUUACAGGAGGGAAACGAUCAGCGAUGGCCAACCCCAGUGAUGUCUUCACUCAUGUGGAUCUGAGGAGCCGUGAAAACAACCUGCAUCACCGAACCAGGGAGAUUGAUCGGGAGCGUUUGAUAGUGCGCCGGGGUCAACCCUUCUCCAUCACUUUGCAGUGCUCUCGCUCCCUCAGCCCUCAGCACCACCUGGAGGUGGUCCUGCACCUAGGUAAAAGAGAUGAGGUGGUUAUUAAAGUUCCGAAAGAACGCACUUCUGGGGACAAAUGGUGGUUUUACCACGAACAAGUACAGGAUGAAAUACUGCUGACUCUCCACAGUCCGGCAGACGCCAUCAUUGGACAGUAUGGAAUGGAAGUUUUGAUAUCGUCAGCGGAUGGACACAUUUUGCAGAAAACAGAUAAAAUUGGAUUCCACCUGCUUUUUAAUCCCUGGUGCAAAGAUGAUGAUGUCCACCUCCCUGAUGAAAGUCUACUGCAGGAGUACGUUCUGAAUGAAGAUGGGAUUGUUUACAUGGGCGAAUGGUUUGACAUUGGCCGCAAGUACUGGAAUUACGGACAGUUUGAGGACUAUGUUAUGGACAUCUGUUUCCAAGUUCUGGACAACUCUAAGGAUGCUCUGAAGAAUUCAAGGAUGGACAUAGUGAAGAGAUCUGACCCGGUGUACGUCAGCAGGACGCUCACAGCAAUGGUCAAUUCUAAUGGCGAUGAUGGCGUGUUGAAAGGCCGCUGGGACGGGACUUAUUCUGAUGGUGUAGCGCCGAAUCGAUGGACUGGCAGCGUUCCCAUCCUUCAACAGUGGAGCAGGUCUGGGUUUAAGCCGGUCAAAUAUGGACAGUGCUGGGUGUUCGCUGGCAUCGCCUGCACAGUCCUGCGCUGCCUGGGAAUCCCAACACGCCUCAUCACCAACUUCUCCUCAGCCCAUGACACUGAUGGAAACCUCUCAGUGGACAUGUUGAUGAAUGAAAGAAUGGAGACCAUCGGAGAGAAGGACAGCACCUGGAACUUCCAUUGUUGGGUGGAGUCUUGGAUGAGACGGGAUGAUCUACCCAGAGGGAACGAUGGAUGGCAGGUUUUAGACCCCACGCCUCAGGAACUCAGUGAUGGUGAGCACUGCUGUGGCCCAUGUCCAGUUCAAGCCAUCAAGGAGGGAAACCUGGGAGUCAAAUACGACGCUCCAUUUGUCUUCGCCGAGGUGAACGCCGACGUCAUUAGGUGGAUGGUGACGCGGAACGGGGACAAGGAGAAGAUCAAAGUGGACCACAGCGUCGUGGGGAGGAACAUCAGCACCAAAAGUGUCUAUGGAGACAUCAGAGAAGACGUAACGCUGCAGUACAAAUAUCCUGAAGGAUCCAAGAAAGAAAGAGAAGUGUAUGAGAAGGCAGGGAGAAGGGUCUCAGAGCCGACCAAUGGGAUUACAGAACCAGCACAGCUGGAGCUGUCCAUUAAACGCAUUAAACCUGUGUUUGGGACUGAUUUUGAUGUGAUUGUUGAGGUGAUCAAUAAAGGAAGCCGUGACGCCGUAGCAAAGCUAUCCAUUCUGGCUGAGGCGGUCACUUACACGUCUUUCUGCUGUGGCGAGUGCCAGAGAGAGGCCAUUAGCAUUACUGUACCAGCUCACAAAACUCAUAAGGAAGUUCUACGUCUGCGUUACGACGACUAUGGCAGAUGUGUCUCCGAACACCACCUGAUGAGGGUCAAAGCUUUGUUGGAGAUUCCAGGGAUGAACAGACCCGUCUUCUCCGUGGUUAACAUCCCACUGACCAUGCCUGAGCUCCUGGUACAGGUGCCCGGCAAAGCCUACCUGAGGGAGAAGGUGACAGGCUACAUCUCCUUCACCAACCCUCUGCCUGUUCCACUGAAGGGUGGUGUGUUCACUGUGGAGGGCUCGGGUCUGCUGUCUGCUACGAAGGUCUACGUGGACGGCGACGUUUCUCCAGGUCAGAGGGUGUCGGUCAAGAUCACCUUCUCACCAGUGAGGGUCGGGGUGAGAAAGCUCCUGCUGGACUUUGACUCUGACAGGCUGAAAGAUGUGAAGGGAGUCGCGACUGUGAUCGUCCACAAGAAGACGGGCAUCAUCUCAUUUUAUUGAGUGAAUUCCAGAGACAGUCAGAUGGAUAUUUGAGCUUUGAAUGUUUGAACGUCAAAGAUAAUUCACUUUCUUGUGUGCAGAUAUUCAAUCAACAUUUUUGACAUGACAAUUUUCUUGAUUUCUCACCAGACUGUCCUGUUCUUUUUAACCUGUUUUGUUCUUUGUAUAUUCCCUCUUUUAUAUAAUUACUUGAAAUGAAAGUCACUUCAGCAACAGUAUUAAUGUGCUUAAAAACCAUUCUUCAGUAUUAUGUGUACGUGAUCGCAGGAAACCUUUUUUUUUUUUUUUGCACUUUAUCAACUAUGAUUUAGACCUAAACAAAAUUUUAAGAAAACUUACUAUUUAAACAUAUUUAUUCAUUUUUAAUGACAUGCUUUGCUCAAACUGUUAAUGGGACUACGUACACUCUUCUUCAAGUAAAUUUUUUUUUUUUUAAAGAUA